AUGGCAACCACAAGAAAAGAAUUCCUUUGCAUCCUUCCCGACAAUCCGAAUGUGCUGGCCAUUAGAAAACAAGUUAAAAGAAUCCACUACGACGGAAUCAAACCCUUAAUAGCAGCCGGAAAGCUUGUUGAUGGAGGUGCCAUCUUUGAAAAACACCCCGAAGAGGGCAAAGAUGCUCUGUUUAAGGGUAGUGUGAUCGUGUACUCUGCCAAUAAUGCCGAAGAAGUCCGCGCCAUUCUCGAGAAAGACGUUUAUGCUACUAGUGGCGUGUGGGACUUGAGUAAAGCACAAAUUAUCCCUUAUGUUGCAGCUGUUCGAGAGCCGCUUCCAUGA